AUGUUCUCUGUAUCAUACGAAAAUAUGACAUCAUCGGGCAGCCAGCAUCGGGCGCCAUACGUGGUGGCACCUCCCCCAGAUGCCGACCAGCUGCCUUCACUCUCGCAGAUGCCCAGCCAGGUGCCCUCGCAGAUGUGGACUGAAGGUAUAUCAAGCUGGUGUCACAACGGGCAGAUUACAAGCGCAAGCGGACAGAUGGCUACUUCCGGUCAGCCAAGGUCAUGGGAAGGUCAUUUUCGUCAAACGCAAGGUCAAGGGCACGAGUCUCAAGAGGGAAAUGUGUACUCCGACCAGACGCAGACUUACCCUGUUAACGUUCCUCCGUCAGGUUCACGAGCCGCAGGAACUCAAGGCUUCCUUCGACCCGUCUCGUUAAUACCGGAGCAGUAUCGGAGCUUGUUUUCUCAGUUCCCAUAUUUUAAUAUCGUUCAGUCAACUGUCUUCGAUGAUGUCUUUUACACGGAUCGCUCGCUGGUCGUGUCGGCUCCCACCGGCUCUGGGAAAACCGUGGUGAUGGAGUUAGCCCUCGUGCGCCUCCUGAUGGCCAAGGCAACGGAGGCGGACGCGGAGGACGUUCCUAUGCCUCCCAGAGUCGUGUAUAUGGCGCCCAUGAAGGCCCUGGUGACAGAGCGGUACAUAGACUGGCAAAUGCGUCUGCGGGAACUGGGUGUUAUUUGUGCAGAGAUCACGGGCGACACAGAUCACGAUGAUAUUGCUGUUAUAGCAAAAUCACAGGUAAUUCUCACCACUCCGGAAAAAUGGGAUUCCCUCACUCGCCGCUGGAGGAACCACGUCACUCUCAUGGAAGCUGUUUCACUCUUGCUCAUCGACGAGGUACACGUGUUGGGUGACCAAACCCGAGGUCCCACCAUGGAGGCGGUGGUGUCGCGGAUGAAGACCAUACGCACGACGAGGCCUUCCACUUCGCCCCAUAGACUUCCCCUCAGGUUUGUUGCGGUUUCGGCAACGAUUCCCAAUGCAGAAGACUUGGCGGUUUGGUUGUCAGAUGGACAGAGCCCUGCUGUGACACACAGGUUAGAGGAGUCGUUACGACCAGUGAAGCUCCGUCGGGUCGUCCUCGGGUACGACUGCCUCGAGUCUUGGAGUGAGUUUAGGUUCGACUUGUCUCUCACGUACGCUCUGGCCACGGUCAUUGCCACUUACAGUGAGAAUAAGCCCACGCUGGUGUUUGCCUCCACACGUAAGGGGGCGCAAAUAGCCGCUUCAACGCUGAGCAAGGAAGCACGUCUUGUGAGGAACUCUAGCCAUAAGCAACUGCUUACUUCCGUCGGCAAUCUCCUUCGGGAUAACAAACUCAGAGAAUGCUUGCUUGCCGGGGUAGCUUAUCACCACGCCGGCCUAGACAUGGCUGACCGUCGCCAGGUGGAAGAACUCUUUACGUCCGGUCAUUUGCCCGUUCUUGUGUCCACAAGCACUCUCGCCAUGGGCGUGAAUCUGCCGGCACACCUCGUGGUAGUGAAGUCCACCUCUCAGUACAACGGGAGCGCGGGCGGCCAUGAAGAAUACUCCACUGGCCAAAUCCUACAGAUGAUCGGGCGUGCGGGGCGUCCUCAGUUCGAUAGACACGCGACCGCUGUUAUUAUGACCAAGAGGCAGCUAAAGGUAAGGAGGAGACGUAGACGUGAAAGGAACCAGGAGAGAAUUUUUCAAGAGCCAAAAGCAAAAGUCAGGGCCCAGCAGAGGUACACACAAUCGCCUAAGAUAAGGACGCUGUUGAUUUCCUCCGCCGCUGCCCGUAGUCGUGUGCGUGCAACGACUUGCCGCGGUUGUACACAGAGGAACAUUCCAGAACAUGAAGAACGAGGAGGUCGUCACUGA